UGUGUCCGUGCGAUGUCAACGGACAGUUUUCAACGGUGUUCGCAAAGUGAUUCAGUGAGCUCCUCGCCAUACCCCAACACUCCUUAUUUUCGGCAAUUUUUCCAUUGAAAUCAUGUUAUUGAGUAGUACCUCAAUUUCAUCGGAAUAGAGGAAGGAUCCCGCGAGUGAUUUUCACCAGUGAAAUUGGAAAAAAUUCCAGGGAAUUGGGAGAAUCCUCGACGCUCGGGGAAGCGCACCCAGUGACGCUUCUCAGUGUUUUUGCAUAUUUGUGAAUGGAGUAAUUUUUUAUUGCAUUUUGUUGUUUUUUUCGUCUAUUUGUAACCAUGACCACGUCACUCUCCAUUAUGGCAACACACGACGAACUCGUGAGGUGCACCAAUGUUCUUGUUAAUGGUGCUUGUGAAGAAGAGUUCCUCCAAUUCGCAAUAAAUCAAGAAGAAAUGCGACAAAAAUGGUUGGCAUCAGUUCAAGAGUGCCAACGUCUCCAUUCAGCUCUGGAGAAGGCUCACCACGAGUCUGCAGACCUAGACAGAAAGCUCAGCCAUGCACGGAGGCUCCUGGACGAGGAGAAACGGCGUCGACGUUUAGCAGAGGACCAACGGAAUUCGCUCGAGAGACAGAUUGCUCUGGCUCGUGACCUGCUUUUCAAUGACGGUGGAAGGAAUUUGAACGAUGAGACUCGGGAAAAAUUGCAGUUCCUUAAUAAUACGACGUUGAAUGGACGACACAGCCAUGUCCAUUUGAAGGACCUUCAGAAUGACAAACUAAACACAAUAGCGGAGCUGGACUCCACCGGUUCUCUCCUAAGCGACCUCAGCUGUUUCUCAAAAUCCGAGGACGACCUGGACGCCUCCGCUCUCCUCAGCCAGAACCACAAGAAGCGAGAGUGGAAAGAGCACCGACCGAGUGGCGAAUACUCCACGAAGAAGCGUCGAAGCACUCUCCAAAAAGUAGCUGACCUGAACAAUUCAGACCGAAUAAUAGCUACCACAACAGUAGUAAUGCCAAAGGACGGGGCCAUAACGGCUUCCUCAGUGAUCGAGGCCCUCCCCGCGGAUGAGAACAUGGACCCCAAGUCCCCUUUGCAGAACUCCCGCAAGCGUCGCAAGAGUUCAGAACGUCCUCGGGCCAAGAAAGACGCGCCUGAGGUGCCCUAUCCCAAACCCUCGGCGCCUCUCGCAGAAAACCUGACGUCAGGUUCAGAGUCAGAGGGAAUCUUCAAGCCGAGUCCGAACAUCGGUGGCUACACCUUCAACACAAAGACCCUCCGUGGCCACAAUUUCGCCGGAAAAUCGGUCCUGAAGCCAGAGACCUGCUCCCCCUGUGGGAAAAGAAUACGAUUUGGAAGAAUAGCCCUCAAAUGCAAGGACUGCAGAGCUGUCACCCAUGCUGAAUGCAAGGACCUGUUGCCGCUGCCAUGUGUCCCAGCAGGAAACACUCCGACCCUUCGAGGUGCCACAGGAACGAUCGCCGACUACACCCCAAUGACAGCCCCAAUGGUGCCAUCUCUGGUAGUUCACUGCAUCAAUGAGAUAGAACUGCGAGGGAUGAGUGAGCAGGGGUUGUACAGAAUAUCUGGGGGUUCUUCGGACGUGAAAUGCCUGAAGGAGAAGUUCCUGAAGGGAAAGGGGGCCCCAUGCCUGUCAGACGUGGACAUCUCGACGAUUUGCUCAACGCUGAAGGACUUCCUGAGGUCCCUGCGAGAGCCUCUGAUCACAGUUGGACUUCUGGGAGACUUCGUCCACGCCACUCAAAUAGCAGACAAGCAGGACGCCGAUGCUGCUCUCUAUCAAGCCAUCUCCGAGCUUCCACAGCCGAAUCGAGACACUCUAGCUUUUUUGAUUCUCCAUCUGCAGAGAGUAUCGAGUAGUCCAGAGUGCAAAAUGCCCAUCAGCAAUCUUGCGAAGGUGUUCGGGCCGACAUUGGUGGGGUACAGCAGUCAGGAGCCCACAGCCACUUGCAUGCUCAGUGAGACUGAGAAUCAGGCCGCCAUUGUCGAGAGCCUCCUCAAGAUUCCCUCCGACUACUGGGCGAAUUUCGUUAAUCCUGAGAAUGUUAAUGAGGUGGGAACACCGAAGAUGGGGGAACUGAGGCACACACCGUCGACAGAGUCACUCCUGAAACGUACGACCUCCAGGGGGUUCUUCAAUACCCCUCUGGGGUCCAGUCGAUCGUUCUUGAGGAAGAAUAAGAAGUAUUUUGCCACGCCACCUCUUCGGAGUGGCAUCUAGAGGGGAUGAUUGGGGUUUUAAUUUAAUAUAUUUGGAGGUAGAUUAACUUGGUGGUAACGAUUGUACACAUUCGUUGAUCAGGCUUUGGUUUUUAAGACAUGCACUUUAAUCAAUUCACUGGAUUUUUCGUGGAAUUAAUGUUUAGGCUUAGCACACUGGAGGGAAGUAUUGGGGGUGAAUUAUAGAGACAUGUAAAUCGUUUGUAAAAUGUAUUAAUGAUUCGAGUGGUUA